AGGUUUCUCCAGUGCCCACCUCUUAGUUGCUUGGGGUUUACUUCCCCAAAGUACACGGGCCCCACCUUGUAGAGCAACCGCCCCUGCACGGAAAGCGGAUCUCCGCCCAACGGAAGGCGUUUUAACCAAUAAAAGCAGAUCCAUGCAGUUAUUGGCUACCGCCAGUAUCGGUCAAGGAGCCGCCCGUCCUCUUUUCCAGUACUCUUUGGAGUUAUUGGUGUUUCUUAAUGCCAAUCCGUUACUAGGAGAAGCGAGAUCCUCAGAGUCUCAUAGGCACGACUCAAAGUCAAUUAAGAGCCACGCCUUUUUCCUGAGUCAAUACCCAAUUGUUGUCCGAGGAGCUCAGAGGACGCGGUCGGCAUUGGUCACGCUCUCGCCCGGACUGGACGCAUCACGCUAGGCUGAGCCGCCGUUAUAUAGGCCGGCGGCGGAGCACGCGUGUGUGCGGACGCACUUGCGUGAGGGUUCCUGCCGCCUUCUGUCCGGUGGAGCAGAGCCUGUUCCUCGCCAGCUCAGCCGCGCAGGUUGAAUUGACCAAAGCAAUGGUUAUGGAGAAGCCGAGUCCCCUGCUGGUCGGGCGGGAGUUUGUGAGGCAGUAUUACACCCUGCUGAACCAGGCCCCGGACAUGCUACACAGAUUUUAUGGAAAGAACUCUUCUUAUGUCCAUGGAGGAUUGGAUUCAAAUGGGAAACCUGCGGAUGCAGUCUAUGGACAGAAAGAAAUUCAUAGGAAGGUGAUGUCACAGAACUUCACCAACUGCCACACCAAGAUCCGUCACGUGGAUGCGCACGCUACCCUGAAUGAUGGUGUGGUGGUCCAGGUAAUGGGGCUGCUCUCCAACAACAACCAGGCCUUGCGGAGGUUCAUGCAGACAUUUGUCCUUGCUCCUGAGGGCUCUGUCGCAAAUAAAUUCUAUGUUCAUAAUGAUAUCUUCAGAUACCAAGAUGAAGUCUUUGGCGGCUUUGUUACUGAGCCUCAGGAGGAAUCUGAGGAAGAAGUAGAGGAGCCUGAAGAAAGACAGCAGACACCUGAGGUUGUACCUGAUGAUUCUGGAACUUUCUAUGAUCAGACUGUCAGCAAUGACCUGGAAGAACAUUUAGAGGAGCCCGUUGCUGAACCAGAGCCUGAUCCUGAACCAGAACCAGAGCAAGAACCUGCAUCUGAAAUCCAAGAGGAAAAGACUGAGCCUGUUUUAGAAGAAACUGCUCCUGAGGAUGCUCAGAAGAGCUCUUCUCCAGCACCUACAGACAUAGCUCAGACAGUGCAGGAAGACUUGAGGACAUUUUCCUGGGCAUCUGUGACCAGUAAGAACCUUCCUCCUAGCGGAGCUGUUCCUGUGACUGGGAUCCCCCCUCAUGUCGUGAAAGUGCCAGCGUCACAGCCCCGUCCAGAGUCUAAGCCUGAAUCUCAGAUUCCACCACAGAGGCCUCAGAGGGAUCAAAGAGUGCGAGAGCAACGAAUAAACAUUCCUCCCCAGAGGGGACCCAGACCAAUCCGUGAGGCUGGGGAGCAAGGUGAUGUUGAACCCCGAAGAAUUGUGAGACAUCCGGACAGCCACCAGCUCUUUAUUGGUAACCUGCCUCACGAGGUGGACAAAUCAGAACUGAAAGAUUUCUUUCAAAAUUAUGGGAAUGUGGUGGAGCUGCGCAUAAACAGCGGUGGGAAAUUACCCAAUUUUGGUUUUGUCGUGUUUGAUGAUUCUGAACCUGUGCAGAAGGUCCUUAGCAACCGGCCCAUCAUGUUCAGAGGUGAAGUCCGUCUCAAUGUGGAAGAGAAGAAGACUCGCGCUGCCAGGGAAGGGGACCGUCGAGAUAACCGCCUGCGGGGACCUGGGGGCCCUCGCGGUGGGCUGGGCGGCGGCAUGAGAGGCCCUCCCCGCGGAGCGAUGGUGCAGAAGCCGGGCUUCGGAGUAGGAAGGGGGAUUGCUCCGAGGCAGUGAGUUGCUUUUCACUGAUCCUCACCAAGCGUGUAACCCCAGCUCCUGCUGCAGAAUGGUGAAUUCUGCGGCCCUCCUUCGGUGUCUUGGGAGUAUAACCCAGUCUGUUAUAAACUGCUUCAGUUUGUACAAUUUUACUUCUUUUUGUGUUGAUGGUGUGUGCUCCCUCCCAUUCCCCUCUUUUUCUUGGCCUUUCAGUCUUUUACUUCCAGUUUUGUGGAACGAUGUUUUAGGAGUAACGGAUUUUUAAAGAAGAAAAAAGACUGAAUUUCCUUGCUUACUUUGCAUAUACAGACUGUUUUUUUUUUUUUUUUUUUUAAACAGCCAUUUCCCCAAAGGAAUGUGUCACUUAUUACUGACAUUUGGUAUGUUUCAUUCAUUGGAAUAUUUCUUACUUAUUUUUUAUGUGUUUCAAAAGCCUGUGAGAAGUACAGGAUUUGAUAAACAUUUUGGAGUAGGAGAAAUCCAAAUUGUUUCUUCUUUGAGAGUCACAGCUGCUUUGUGAUGUGGAAAAAUGGUCAUAUAGAAAAUUUGAAAAACUUUAUUCUCACUAAUAAUGGUUAAAAACUGAAUAAAAGGUGUUAAUAGAACUUUUCUUUUGAUAUCGAUCACAAAACAGUUCUAAAACCUACUGUUUUUACCAUUAAAAUUUAAAUUGUAAGAUAGGUUGUGAAUGUCUAGAAUGCAAUUGAUAGGUUUUUCUUGAACUGUUAGAUUUUUUUGAAGUAGAGUUUUUCAUUUGUAUUUGUUAAAAAAAAAAAAGAAAAAAAUACAAACCCCCAAGUCUGAAUAACAACCAGAGCAAAACUGUUGUGCCUUCUAUUUAUCUUUGAUUCCAGUCUUGACAGUUGUUUAAAGAAAAAUAAAAAAAAAAAUCUAGAUUUGUUUUAUUAUGUUCAGAGAAUGUGAGGAAUUGUAGACUCCCUUUUCUUCACUGUGUGUGAGUUCUGUUAACAUGUGUCACGCCUUAGUCUAAAUUGAGUCUCAAACUGGAAUGCCUUUGAGGACAGAUGCUUCUGGAGAGGUUCUCUGACCUAAAUAACUGAGCAUUUGUAUUAGGUUUUAUUUUGGUAUCUAAUCAGAUUCCUAAUCAUAGUCCCUAAGAACGAAUGUGACUAAUAUUGGACUUCACUGAUGUGCUCGAGUGUCUGCAGUUUUUUUUUUUUUUUCUUUAAAUCAUAGCCAUAUGGUAAAUUUCCUAUUUUAUGAUUUCUUUAUUAAUGGGCAUGCAGUGGGUGUUUCUUGAAAUGGCCAAUUUUUAUUAAAAUAUUUCUGGAAGAAAAUUCAGUCUGGCAAUAUAGACUAAUAAUACUCAUUUUACAGUUACAUUAUUUGUUGAGUGCUGUGUGUGAGGUGGGUGAAGGUUUUAUAUACACUGUGUGAAGCAAGCCUUUGUGUGACAACUUAUGACUCAUCUAAGGGCAACCAGGUUGGUUGAAUUUAACUUAUUUUCUUAUUAACAGGGAGUGUUCACAUUUAGAACUGUCAUUUGAGGAUAGCACGUGAAAAGAAACAGGAAUGUUUUAUUUUGUUCUUAGUAACUGUAGAGUUGCUGAAAGGAUCAGCUAAAACUAAAAUGAAGUGUAAUGAAUGUUACCAGUUUGGUCCAAGUACCUUAAAUAUAUAAAUAUUAGUAGCAGCUCCUGCACAUAAAGAAAACUUAAGUCACACAGCUGUUUUUUGGGUCAGUAUAAGGAAUUAGGUGACUACUUCAUUUGGCCCAGGCCAGUGAUAAUUAGAAGGAUUUCAGUUUGUAUCUCUGUAGCUUAUAUUAAGCUUGUGGUAAAUGAGAAAUGUUAGCCUGAGCUGUGUGUGUGUGUGUGUGUGUGUGUGUGUGUGUGUGUGUGUGUGUGAGAGUGUGUGUGUGAGAGAGAGAGAGAGAGAGAGGGAGGGAGAGAGAGGGAGAGACUAGUGGUCAAACCCAGACCCUUUGCGCUGAGCUAUUUUCCCAGCCGUUUUUAUUUUGUAUUUUGAGGCAGGCUCUUGCUAAGUGGCUAAGUUGUUCAGGCUGGGCUUGAUCUUGAUCUUGUUGCCUUGGUCUCCCAGAGUGUUGGCAUUAUAGAUGGGUUGGCAUUAUAGGUGGGUGCCACUACCAUCAGUCGCUAUACCUGGCUCUGGGUUACUUUUCAAAAAAACUUCCAGGUGAUAAGUUGUAGAUAACUUAGAAAUAAUUUUUCUCAGUUGAAUAUUCAGUUGAUUUUUUUUUUCCUUGGUUUAUUUAAAAAGAAAUGUAUCCUGGGCCGGGGAUGAAGGUCAGUGGCACCUGCGCCUGCCUCUUAAGAGCAAGGUCCUGAGUUCAGUCCCUAGAAUCGCUCGCGCACACACACACACACACACACACAAACACACACACACGGUAUCCUAAUGAGAGGCUUAUGUUGGAAGUUUGAGAUUAGGAGGGGCUGUGGGCGUGCAGCACCGCUUCUCUGACAUUCACUGCAUGGGGCCAAGCAUUUUAGUGUGUCAGCGUGAAGCCCCGCCCCCAGGGGCACUGGACUCCUGUGGUCGGUGCUCUGUGGGCAAGCGGUAUGGUGGGAUGAGGGAGGUGACUGAGGGACAGCUUGUUGUCCUGACUGGGCCCCUGAUAGUCAGGGAAUGUGAGUCUCUCUUAGGAAUUACUGUAACAGCUUCUCUGAGGAAAUCUGCCUUCCUGCUAUUUGUACCACAUCGCAAAGUGUGCGUGCCUGUGUGUGUGUGUGUUUAAAUGCGGAGAGGUGUAGCAGUCUGCUGGAUGUUCCUGUAACUUGCUGCAGGGAGUCACUGCGUCAUCUUAGAAACUUCAUUUCCUCAGUAACUACAAGUCCUCAGAAUUGGUUUGGUUGUGGGGUUUUGAAUAGCAUUGGGCCUGAGCAAUGGGAUUAAACUUGAUGGUCUGUACCAAAUCCUAGUACCCUUCUUUACAUUGUUAAACAUAGGAUAAGAAUGAGAGCAUGCAUGCACACAGCUGGGAAGUAGAGGUAAAGUGAGCUAGGGUGACAUUUUCUGUAUGCAGCAAGAGAUCGUCACGUUCACUGUUUUCAGAUUUUAAAGUGCAGGUGUUCAUCUGUAGCACUAAAGUAGUUUGUUACUGAUCCUAAGGCCCUUGACCCGUGAGUAUUUAAACUAGAUAGCUUAGUUUGGUUUAUUGAAUCUCAUUCUUUUAAGACCUUAAUGAAAAUAAAUUUUGGCCUAACUAAAGUAUUUUUGCUUUCAUUGUGAGGUUGACUUUGAUUGAGGCCUUGCUUAGGAGCAGUGAAAAGGAUAAUGCAAAAAUAAUUACCUAAUUUAGGAUGAGUCGGUUACUGCCACAGCAUUAGUUCAGUUGCACUGUAGAAAGCCAUUCUUGUGCCUGCCGUGUGAAUUACAUGACAUCCCUGCAAUAACAGAAGGAAGAAAUGGCAGCACAGUUCAAUGACUGGGCCUUGAAGUCAUCUGUAGAGCGAGGAACAGAUUGUCCUUCAAAAUCAUCACUUUGUCUACUUUGUUUACAUGUGGAUGACAUAUUUAGUGAGUAGGCUGUUCCUUUUUUCCCCUUCAGACCAGGUCUCACUAUAUAGCACAGGGUGGCUUUAGCCUCCUUCCUCUCCUGCCUCAGCCAAGUGCUGGGAUUACAAGUGUGCACCACUACGUCUGGCUUCAGUAGGAUUCCUCUACUGUUGAGAGACCUUAGUCUGGAAGAUACCCAGAAUAAGUUUAGCAUUGCUAUUCUUUUCUUGAGAGCAAGUAAGAUUGAAUAUCACUAGGUCUCUUUUGAUGUUUGUAAAACCUGUGUGAUAACAGUGAUUUGUUCUUGAAAUUGUUUUCUUCUGAUUUACAUUUAGUACAGAUUUUAAAAUUUGGGUG